UGGGCGCUCAUUUAACAGGUGCUCCACUCCCUUUGUUCUUUGUAUACACAUAUUCAAAUCACAUAAGGCAGGGGACAGGAUAGGGCCUGUUAACUCAUUGCUGAUUUCCCUGGCAAAUAAAGCAGCAGCUGCAGGUCCAAGCCCUGGCUUAGCACUGAGAAGGUGGUGGGAAUUGUGUGGGGCAGGAUGCUUUCAUGGAGCCCUUUAGCCAACUUCUUUUGGGACUUACAGUGCAAAAUAUAUUUUCUGCUUGUAGGUAUUUGUUCGGCCUUAAAGUUGACGGUACCAUCUCAUACCAUCCAUGGUAUUGCGGGACAACCACUCCAUCUUACUGUUGACUACAAUUUCAACGCUACAGCUUCUGAAAUCCAGAUAAUUUGGCUUUUUGAGAGGCCUCAAAGUAAUACAAAAUACUUGCUUAGCUCUGUAAAUCAAACAGUAGUUCCAGACUUGGAAUAUCAGCACAAGUUUACCCUCAUACCACCAAAUGCAUCUUUGAUGAUCAAUCCAUUGCACAUCAGUGAUGAGGGCAAUUAUAUUGUAAAAGUCAAUGUCCGUGGAAAUAGGACAAUAGCUGCCAGUCAAAAGAUUCAAGUAGCUGUUGAUGUUCCUGUCACAGAGCCAACUGUAUAUACUGAACCAUCUUCAGGGGCAGUGGAGUACGUAGGGAAUAUUACAUUAAAAUGUACUGUGGAAAAAGGUACAAGGGUAGUGUACCAGUGGAGGAAAAAUGGGAAGCCUCUCCAUGCCAGUCCUACUUAUACCUUUUCAUCAAACAAUGCAACAGUUCUAAUUGUUCCUGUUGUAAAAGAAGACAUUGGGAACUACAGCUGUCUGGUAUCUAACCCUGUCAGUGCAAUGGAAAGUGAGAUAAUUGCACCAACCAUAUAUUAUGGACCUUAUGGACUUAGAGUUAAAUCAGAUAAAGGUCUGAAUAUAGGGACGGUGUUUACAGUUGGCAUGGGGGAAGUUAUACUGUUCGACUGCUCAGCAGAUUCAAAUCCACCCAACACCUAUUCGUGGAUUCAAAGGGCUGACAAUACCACUCAUGUAAUCAAAUAUGGACCCCAUCUGGAAGUUGUAUCCGAUAAAGUGCCCCAGAAGACAAUAGAUUACAUGUGCCGUGCUUUCAACAACGUGACUGGAAAACGAGAUGAAACUCACUUCACAGUCGUCGUUACUUCUGUAGGAUUGGAAAAGCUGGCCCAGAAAGGAAAAUCUUUGUCAUCUCUUGCAGUAAUAACGGGAAUUUCAUUAUUUUUGAUCCUAGCUAUGGCCUUUUUAUUCAUAUGGAAAAGAUAUCAGCCACAUAGAGUGAUACAACAGAAGCUGCAGAGCAGGCCAGAGGCUGAUUACAGAAAAGCACAGACAUUUUCAGGACAUGAAAGUGCUUUGGAUGAUUUUGGGAUAUACGAAUUUGUCGCUAUUCCUGAUCUUGCCACUGGUUCUAGGGUUUCAAGUCAAUCUGUUCCUGGCUCUGACUUUGUCCCAGGCCAGGAUAUGCUUAGCACAGUUUAUGAAGUUAUUCAGCAUAUUCCUGAGCAGCCGCAACAAGACCAUCAACAGCAAGGAAAAAUAACAUGAUUUUCAGUGAAUAUUCUGAUGUCACGAUGCUGAAAAAAAGGGAAAAGGACGACUUCACCAUUGCAUGUGAGGAAGAGAGGACUCUGCACUUCCCAGAGGCAGUUGCUGCUGCAGAUUUGGGAGAAGUACUGAGGUGAUCUCAAAGAUAACUAGUCACCAGAUUUGCUCCCUAAGAAAUAACCCUCUGACAUGAAGGCGUCAGGCAGAAGCUGUAAGUAGAAACGUUUGGGCAGAACUCUGAAGUACCGCAGUUGUCCUGAAGGAUCGAGAGGCUCAGGGCCAUCCCCACAAAUUCUCCAUCGUUCAUUCAAAGCUGACUUCAUUUUUGUGUUUCAAAUUAGGACAGCCCUUUGCAAUGUGCAAAGUCUGAUUUUCACACUUUUUCCUCCUCCUCUUCUUACUGGAGUGGAUGUCUUAAUUGCUCUGAAGUGAGAAUACAGGUUUCUGAAGUGCUUGACACCACUCCAACUUACCACGUUUGAUGCCACUGCAGGGCCACGGGGCAAAAAAUGCAGAUGAUUUACAGAAGUAACUGUUUCUCCACUUCUGGAGCCUCUGUAUUUAAAACUGCAAGUAGUAUACAUUGUUCUAAGUAUUUUUGUGACAAACAAAAAUAAAUCAGUUCAAUAUCAGUUCCGUCCUUUGGUCUUUUAAGCUCACCGAAGGCACAUUCAGCCCAUGCCUACGUGCAUUAUAAGGCUCCUGAAACAUUUUCUUUCAGAAUCUGUGGUCAUGUCUCGAUAACGGAUCAGCAAGCCAUUUCAAAUUAAGCCAUCUGUCGAUAAUGUGAGGUGACUUUAGCAAUCUAAGACAAAAGUCUACCCUAACAGUCUUUUAAACUUCUGCAAAAUACCCGUACAGUAUUUUAAUAAAGUAAUGUUGUUUAUGCAGCACAUGAUGUCUAACAUUUCUGCAGGUCCAUGUAUGGCUAUGUAUUUUUACUGGAAAGGACGUAUAUCAUUAGGUUUAUAAAUAAGGAACAAAAAUCUGCUUGUUGCUCUGGGGAAGGUCAAGUCAAAUGUCUCCUGGAGGCCCUGCUGUACCCACCAGCCCUACUGCUGCCCUGGGACGUCUUCUCUGCAUUGAGCUACCACCUCUCUGUAUGUAUGGGAAUGCGUAUGCAGGUCAUGGCAGCCACGUUCCUGCAUACAAGCAAAAUUUACUGACCAAAAAACUCAACUGGCAGGGAAACUUAUUUUGCUACAGGAAGAAGAAAAGCUCAUCGUCUGGUUGAAAUAAUUCUUCUAGCUACAACAGCAGAACUAGCUCUGCAAAGAGAAAUAUGUUAUUGCAAGGGACAGAGAGCAAACACAGGCAAGUUGCCUUCUGCUUAUAUUAUAUUGUUCUCAUCUAUUUUUGUUUCACUGUGUCUUGUGUAUUACUGGCUGUUAAACAAAAACAUACUAGUGGUUUAAGUUCCUAUUCAAACUGUGCUCGU